CACUUUCUCCAAAGACCUCUCUCUCUCUCUCUCAAAUAUUUUUAAAAGCAAGACCUUCUUUUGCCGCUUAUAAUGAGUUAAUGACCCAUGCCCAGAGGACUAGACACCAAAGACAAGGUCUUGAAAGUCUAAUAAGCUCUCUUUUAAUUGAUUCCCACCGCCUAAUAAUCUUGAACACCCAUGAAGAUUUCUUCCAUGCUUCUCCUUCUCCUUCUGCUCUCCCUACUCUCUCAACCUUCUCACUCCACCACAAUCCUUGUAGAUGGUGUUUCAGAGUGGAAAAACCCCAUUGUUCAUGUAGGAGACUCAAUCAUUUUUAAACACAAAUAUCACUACAAUCUCUACAUUUUCCAGAGUCAAAGAGCCUUCAAUCUCUGCAACUUCACUCAAGCCUCAAUUCUCACCAAGCCCAACUCUACCUCCUAUACGUGGUACCUAUCACGCCCUGGUUUCUACUAUUUCGGAUUCAACAAUGGCUCUCAGAAAUCUUGCAAUCAAGACUCUCAAAAACUGUUCAUAAAGGUCUCUCCACAAGCAUCACCACCACCAACACUACCCCCAUCAGAAUUCUCUCCAACAGCAACUCCAAUUCCACCACCCAUUUCCGGUGGUGAAGUGUCGUCUUCUCCAGCUUAUCCAUGGCCAUUCCGUCCUCGAGAAGCAGCAUCUUCACCAGCUCCAGAACCCAGUAGUGGCCCAAGCUCUUCACUAACAGUGCCAACGGUGGUGCCGGAUAAAGGUGGCGGCAUGCCAUUUAUCAAUAGUAAUCCAGCCGUUCCUUUGCCUACUGGUGAAGUUGAUUCCGCUACCAUACGCCCCUUGCCCGCCUCUGGUCAUCAUCAACAGGUGGCAGUGGGUUUACUUGGGGUUCACAUGACUCUAUUUUGUGUGGUAAUGCUGGUGCUACUGUAAAAAAGAGGAGAGACAAAGGGAGGGCUGCAACUUGGUGUAAAAAGAAGAAAAAGGGAAGAAUGGUUUUGAGCCAAAUAUGCACCAAGUACUUUGGUUAAAGAGUUCAAAGUAGCUUUAAGUAUGAUGAUUAUGAUGCUAUUUGGACCAUACUUUUGAAUCAUAUUUGUCACCUUUUGAUCUUUUGUUUUAGCCAUGCAAUUGAUGAUUGCUACUUUUUAUUUGUUCUUCCCCCACUCCUUUAAUCCUCUCUGUGUAUAUUUGAAUGGAAUUUUUAAGCCCCAUCACCAACUGGCUUUUAGCUAAA